AUCGUAGGAGGAGGGUUGAAUAAUUACUCGAGUGAGACAUAUUUUAUCAUCUCUGCAAGGUGGUGAGUACUGCCAAGAUAUCUCAUCCUUGCUUCUAAUUUUUCUCCUCCUUGUCUGUCGCCUCUUUCUUCGACUUGUAACAGAGGUAUGGGAAAUUGUCAGGCAGUAGAUGCUGCAGCACUAGUAGUACAACAUCCGGAUGGAAGAAUCGAAAGGAUGUAUUGGUCAGUUUGUGUUAGUGAAGUGAUGAAAAUGAAUCCGGGGCACUAUGUUUCUCUUAUAAUACCAUUGCCUGCUGAUGGGGAAGAGAAUUUGGAUGAAAAGGCGAAAACAGUGCAGUUUACGCGUGUCAAGCUUCUUAGGCCAAGUGACAAGCUUGUUCUUGGCAAAGCUUACCGGCUUGUCACCUCUCAAGAGGUGAUGAAAGUUUUGAGAGAAAAGAAGUAUGCAAGAAUGAACAAGAACUUGCGCGAGUUGGAUACUGAGGAUCAGAGUUCAAGCAGUGAGGCAGAAGGAAUAAGUUCUGGACCCGAAACACUGAGCCAGGCUAUGAGAAACGAAGGACAAAGGCAGAGGCAAGGAUCAGCAAACAUCGCAGUAGCAAGGUCAAAAUCAUGGCGCCCUUCACUGCAGAGCAUUUCUGAGGCUGCAAGCUAGUGGUUGUUGGUUGUAAAGUUUCAGAACCUUGGAGAAACCAGAUAGAAUUCCAUGGAAAUUGAUUCUUACAUUUAUUCUGCAAUCUCUCAACUGUAGUCCAGUGUGUGAACAUAUAUCAAGCAAUAAGAAGCCUGAUUAGCGUAAAGAGCAAGAGCAAUGGGACUAACAUUAUUUCUAAGUUACAGUUGCCUUGUAUCGUCAUCCAUGUUCUUAGUAGACGAAUGUCAGUGCAGCCAAAGGCGCUUAAGAAGUUUUCUCCCCUAAAAAACAAUCAGCAUUGUUCCAGGUCCUCCUCGUGCAAGAAUCCGCUAGAUAUCUGGUUUAUCAUGUAUGUAAGUUCUCUGCAGUCAGUUUAAAUCACCGCAGAGUGGUCCAUGUUCAUCAAACUGGCUCUUCUGAUGUUAACAUCAACGAAAAGCUAGAAACAGCAACAUAAGAGCUGUUCAGAUAGAACUGUUUACUCUA